UCCCAAGCUUCAGAAAACUCAUGUUACUCCAGAAAUAUUUGGAUUGGCUGUGAGAGACGUCAAUCAGAGAGCCCACCCACUCUGCCCAUUCUCUCCUCUUCCUCUUCCACAGCUGGUUCACUUCCUGUAGGGACUGAAAACCAAGUGAGGAGAUGAAGGAUUGAACCGUACUACACCAGAGAAUACAGAGAGGAUAGACACCGCAGAUAGAUCCUGACCAUUACCCAAGGAACAACUGUAUAACUGUGGGAAAACAUCCAGUCCCUUCACAGCAUUGCUCAACACAGAGAAGGUUGGACAGUGAAACCAUCAUCUGGAAAUUGGGCGAGUCAGGGGAGCUUUGACAUAUCAUCAGAUCUGAAACUGGUCAGUGGUGUGGAACCUUCCGUCAGAACCAACCUUUCUGAAAAUUCGGCUGUGGGUGAUUGGUCAGGGUGAGGCUGGGAAGAAGUGCGAGUGGCUCCAAGUGUGGUGAGAGCUUCAAUCAUUCAUUGAGCCUCAUGAACCACUGACUCAUUUCUACAGGUGAGAGGCUGUUCAGUUUUAAGGUGUGUGAGGCAGGCUCCACAAGCUCAUUGGCACACCAGUUGCGUCUGUUGUAAAACUGUUAACUCAAGGACAGUAACAUGGAAGAGAAGCCAUUCAAGUGUAAGGUGUGUGACCAAGCUUUCACACAGUCAUUGAUGCUUCUGAAUCACCGACACAUCCACACUGGGGAGAAGGCAUUCAAAUGUGAGGUGUGUGAUAAAUCCUUCUCAAAGUCAUCAAACCUCCACAUGCACCAACGAAUUCACACUGGGGAGAAACCAUUUACAUGUCAGGUGUGUGGUAAAUCAUUCUUGCAGUCAUCAUCCCUCCUUGAACAUCAACGCAUUCACACAGGGGAGAAACCAUUCACUUGCGAGGUGUGUGACAAAUCAUUCAUGCAUUCCUCAUCCCUCCGUGUACACCAAUGCAUCCACAGAGGGGAGAAAGCAUUCAUGUGUGAAGUGUGCAACAAAUCAUUCUCGAACUCAUCAAACCUCCGUGUACACCAACGUAUUCACACAGGCGAGAAACCAUUCAUGUGUGAGGUGUGUGCUAAAUCAUUCUCACAGUCAUCGAACCUCCGUGCACACCAAAACCUUCACACCAGGGAGAAACCAUUCACAUGUGAGGUGUGUGAUAAAUCAUUCUCUGACUCAUCAACACUCCAUGCACACCAACGUAUUCACACAGGGGAGAAACCCUUCAAGUGUGAUGUUUGUGAUAAAGCUUUUGUAAAGUCUUCAACCCUCCUGGUACACCAGAGGAUUCACACGGGGGUGAGACCCUUCAGCUGUGAGGUUUGUGAGAUGGCUUUUUCCCGCUCCUCUGAUCUCCUGACGCACCAGAGGAUUCACACAGGUGAGAAACCCUUCAAGUGUGAGGUAUGCGAUAAAGCUUUUGUAACUUCUUCAAACCUCCUGGUACACCAGAGGAUUCACACAGGGGAGAAACCCUUCAAGUGUGAUGUUUGUGACCUGGCUUUCACCCACUCCUUCGAUCUCCUGAGACACCAGAGCAUUCACACAGGGGAAAAACCCUUCAAGUGUGAGGUUUGCAAUAAAGCUUUUGUGAAAUCUUCAGCCCUCCUGAGACACCAGAGAAUUCACACAGGGGAGAAACCCUUUAGGUGUGAGGUGUGCUAUAAAUCAUUCUCAGAGUCAUCGAGCCUCCGUGUACACCAACGCAUUCACACCGGGGAAAAACCAUUCAAGUGCGAGGUGUGCGACAAAUCAUUCUCGUGGUCAUCAGCUUUCCGCGCACACCGACACAAACACACUGGGGAGAAGCCAUUCUCAUGUGAGGCGUGUGACCAAUCAUUUGCGGAGUCAUGGAACCUCCACGCCCAUCAACGCAUUCACACAGGUGAGAAGCUGUUCACGUGCAAGGUGUGUGACAAAUCCUUCUCGAGGUCAUCGUACCUCCUGCUCCAUCAGAGGAUCCACACAGGGGAGUAACCCUUCAAGUGUGAGGUGUGUGACCAAACCUUCACACAAUUAUCAAUGCUCGUGAGACACUGGCACAUUCACACUGGGGACAGGCCAUUCAGCUGUGAGGUUGUGAGACAGCUUUCACCAAUCUUCUGAACUCCUGUCACACUAGACGGCUAGAGGAUCCACAGAGGGCAGAGGCCCUUCAAGUAUGAGGUGUGCGUCUGAGCUUUCACACAGUCAGCAGCACUCAUAAGUCACCAAUGCAUUCACACUGGGGAGAAGCCGCUCAAGUGUGAGGUGUGUAACAAGGGCUUUCGGCAGUCAUUGGCCCUGGUGAAUCACCAGCACAUUCACACAGGAGACAAAACCAUUCACAUGCGAGGGUGCGACAAUUCAUUCCCUGAGUCAUCAACCCUCCAUUUACACUGACACAUUAACACAAGUAAGAAUCUAUUCAAGUGUGAGAUGUGUGACAAAGCUUUCAGAAAGUCAUCAUACUUCCUGCUCCAUCAGAGUAUCCACAUCAGCAAGUAACCCUUCAAGUGUGAGGCUUGCGAUAAAGCUUUCCUGUGCCUGAUACAAGAGUGGAUUCACACCGGGGCAAACUUUUCAGGAGCAAUGUUUGUAACAAGCCUUUUGCCCAGUCCUCCCUUCUUAUUUUUAUUCUUUUGUGGGGUAUGGACGUUGCUGGCAAGGCCAGCAUUUGCUGCCUAUCCCUAAUUACCCUUGAACUGAGUUGUUUGCUAGGCCAUUUCAGAGGGCAG